UGACUAUAAAUAGGAAAUUACGUGUCACUUUUGCGAUUGUUAUAGAUUACCUUUGCGAGGCAUAAUGAAAGCUGUCAAGUGCGACUAUAAUUUGGCAGUUUUCUAGGAUCUUGGAUAACAACUUCUUACAUCUAGAACUAUAGGUAUUUCCACUGUCAAACGUAUAUGAGUGUUAUGGAAACUGUAGCGCACAACAGGAGUGUGAUAAAGAGGGCAAAGGCUGGGGAUUUACUGGAAUUUCCUCGCGGUUUUUACUCACACUGGGCCGUCUAUAUAGGGAACGAGGAGGUGGUGCACUUAGCUGGUACCGAGAACGAUGGCAUCAAUGGAAACUUUAACAGCGGUCAUGUCUUCACCAUUUGUGGGAAAAGUUUUAACAAAGCACAGGUCAAAAAGGAGGAUAUAUGGAAUGUGAUUUGUGGUUCCAAGAUCAAAAUAAACAACGAUAAGGACAAAAAAUGCGAUCCCCGUCCUGCACAUGAAAUCGUGGAAGAAGCCUUGAUGAAGUUAGGAGAAAUAGGCUACAACGUGCUCUGGGAGAAUUGUGAACACUUUGCUGCCUACUGCAGAUAUGGAGUGGCCUGGUCUAAACAGGCCAACAAUUUCCUGACGGCCGCAGUGGGGGUUGGAACUGUGGUGAUGGUGGGAGCUCUACUGAAAGAGAUGUUUUGGGGGAAUGGAGAGAAAAAACAGGAAACUUAACUACAGAGUGCAAUUAGUAGACAAUACAUUGCAUUGUAUGAGAUCUUCCGCCAUCUUUUACUUUCUUUUUUCUUUUUGCCAUGCAUUGUUAGGCAAAUUUUACAAAUACAAAGCUGAGCAUGUGAGUCAUUAAUACCUUGUGGAAAUAUUACUGUCUUAAUAUGUUUUUAGAAUGUUUCCCUGCUUUUAAUAAUAACAUCAAAUUGCAACACCGUGUGAUUUACUGCUGUGGCACUAGUGCUGUUUACUUUUUUGAUUUGAUGUAUACUUUAAACAUAUCUUCAAUAUAUCAAUAAAUCCAUGUAUAUCUGAAA